GGGCUAUUUGAGCCUGCCCCACCCCCAGUCACGUGCUCCCCGGGGCGGCCUCCGCCCUUUCCCUGCGCGCGUGCGGGCCGUGCGCAUGCGCAGCCAACAGCUGUCAUCCGCGCACGGAACAAGAAGUCCCACAGAGAAAGAAAAAAAAACCCAAGAAACGGAGCGAGAAGGCUAGAAAAGAGAGCGGGGAGGAGGGGAGGGGGAAGGAGGGGCGCGGGGAGCCGCCGCCGGGCCUGUCCCGCGCCGGUGCGAAGCGGAGCGCGACCCUCCCCGUACCCCCCCCGCCCUCCUCUCACUGAGGCGGCGCGGCGUUAACCCGCUCCUGCCGGGUCAGGACGAUCCUGUUCUGAAUUGCUUGGCGAAAAAGCUCUGAAGGGUCUAAAAGGCUGUUUCACUGGGUCUUCAAAGUGGAUGAAGAGAUUAAAACACAUUUUUACAUCUCGUGUUUGCUCCAUGUCUUCUUUCUGGACAGUGUAGGAUAAAGUUAAGCUGUGUUUUGUGUCACAAUUUUUGACAGAGGGAGAUAACACUGGAAAAAAUUCAAGCUUAAAACAGUAUGAAUUGCAAUAUAUGAUGUUACCUAAGAAACCAGAAGUAGUUACUAACCUCAGUAAGAGUUUACAAUGCACCCUAGGCUUUCCAUCAAGUGCUUAUAAACACUUUCUCUAUAGCGUUUUGAUAUGCAACGGUUACUAUCUUUCAAGUAUAAAAAUAUUACAGUUCUUUAAACUAGCUUAAUUAUGAGUCAGUUUAUGAAUCUAAGCAGCAAGGAAAGAACUCAACAUGCCACUUAUUUACUGCUUUGAGAAAUGAAAUAUUAAGAUAUCAGGUGACUAGGAAGAUUUGUCACCAGGUAAGUGUUAAAAUGUUGAACCAUAAACCCCAUGCCCAUUAUGGUCAGCAUCAUGCUGAAGAAGCAUAUUGCAGUAAAAGACAUGUAUAAAAAAAACAGAAAAUUUCAAAAUUAAUUAAUUACAGAAGUAAGAAGUAGCCCAAUCAGGAGCUACUGAAACUGAAAAAGGCCUAAAAAACUAUUUAAUCAUUUUUUUAAAAUUGGUAGGUGUGAAAUCACCAUUUUUUAAAGAUAAUUACUGUAUUUGUGCAUAAUAGCUUAGGGCAAUUACAGUAAUUAGCACUUGCCAAUGUAGUUUACUGAUUUGAAUACAUUACUGACAUAAUUGUGCAUUUGGAUUCGGUGCACAACUGUCUACCUGACUUGUUUAAGAAUCAGACCCAUAAAUACAAAAUAUUGUACUCAGUAAUCUACUUACUCAUCAAGAAUUAAAGACUAAAAAUUGUAAUACUUAGAGUUUCUUUUUUUCCAUUUUUCCCUUAAAAAUUGAGAGGCCAAAUCAGAGACUCAGAGACAAACAUGGACUUCAUUGCUUUUGUUGCAGACCUCAUAGAGGAGUGCUUUAAGUUCACAAACAAAAUGCAUUCCCAUUCCUCUGUGGCAUUUCUGCUGGAAUGGUUUGAAUAACUUGGUUGAGGCUGUUGUGAUUUAGCUCACUGGACCUAGGAUUUCUGGCUGGUUUUUGUCUAAUAAAACCGAAAUGUUAAUGGAUAACCAUUCUUUAAGAGGAUGUAGAUAAUGACUCCCUUCAAACUUCUAAAUAGAUACUUUAUAAUAAAGAGAUUGCUGUGAUGGACCAGGUUUUGUUUCAAGGUUUACUUCCUUACUUAAGAGUAAUGAUUUAUAACUUGAUAAAAUUAUAAAUGAAUCUACUUUGAAUUGGAUAAGGUAUUUGUCUUAGGAAAAAAAAAGGUAAUUGUAAUUCAAGUCUUAAAUAAGUUAGAAUUGGGGAAAAAGUGUAAAAGUCUGCAAAUGAGACUUGAAUGAAGGAACAGAAAUAAAAAAUAAGUUUAAGAAACAAUUGGGUCUGACAUGUAACGUUAAAGAUGAACUAAGCAGAAAAGUUGUAAUACAUAGUAGAAUAUUUCUCAUUCAAAGAUUUUAAAGGUUUUUUGUUAUCUGUCAUGACCCUCUAUAAAUAUCUGGGGUUUAUUCUUGGAGUUUUGAUAAAUUUAUAUUUUUAAGAGUAAAACUCUUUGUGCUUUGGUUUGAUUACAGAUUGAACUAUUCGGAACACUUGGUCUGAAAGAAUGAUGACAAAUAGUUGAAAGUGAGUAUUGUGGAUUAGAGCCAUGUGUUUCGCAGGAUCCUUUCUGUGAGUUCAUGUUAAGCAGCCUGUUGUAUUAAACGUUGUGGAACCUUCCAGGAGCUUUUCUUUACCUGCUGCAGCAUUUCACAGUAGCCAGAGGAGGAGCACUGGAUUGAAAGUGAACCACAAUGGCUGCUGUCAUCUCAGACAGUCCUCCAAACCCAAGCUGCAAAAUUAUGACUUUCAGGCCCUCAAUGGAUGAAUUCAGGGAGUUCAACAAGUACUUAGCAUACAUGGAAUCACAGGGUGCUCAUAGGGCUGGAGUUGCAAAGGUUAUCCCACCAAAGGAGUGGAAACCAAGAAAACAUUAUAAUGAUAUUGAAGAUUUGGUGAUUCCUGCUCCAAUUCAGCAGAUGGUCACUGGUCAGUCGGGGCUCUUCACACAGUACAACAUUCAGAAAAAGCCAAUGACAGUGAAGGAGUUCAGGCAGCUGGCCAACAGUGACAAGUACUGCACUCCAAGAUACGUAGAUUAUGAAGAUUUGGAGCGUAAAUACUGGAAGAACUUGACUUUUGUGGCACCAAUUUAUGGAGCAGAUAUCAAUGGGAGCAUUUAUGAUGAAGAUAUUGAGGAAUGGAAUAUUGCCCGUCUUAAUACAAUAUUGGAUGUUGUAGGAGAAGACUGUGGAAUUUCUAUUGAGGGUGUAAAUACCCCGUAUCUCUAUUUUGGCAUGUGGAAAACAACCUUUGCAUGGCACACUGAAGACAUGGAUCUCUACAGUAUUAAUUAUCUUCAUUUUGGGGAGCCAAAGUCAUGGUAUGCCAUUCCUCCCGAACAUGGGAGACGUCUUGAACGACUAGCUCAAGGGUUCUUCCCAAGCAGCUCUCAAGGAUGUGAUGCUUUUCUUCGCCACAAGAUGACCUUGAUUUCUCCCUCAAUAUUGAAAAAGUAUGGAAUUCCUUUUGACAAGAUUACACAAGAGGCAGGGGAAUUUAUGAUCACUUUCCCAUAUGGAUACCAUGCAGGAUUUAACCAUGGCUUUAACUGUGCAGAAUCAACAAACUUUGCCACAAUUCGUUGGAUUGAUUAUGGAAAAGCAGCAAAAUUGUGCACCUGCAGGAGAGACAUGGUGACGAUAUCCAUGGACAUCUUUGUGAGGAAGUUUCAACCAGACAGAUACCAGCUGUGGAAACAAGGGAAGGAUUUAUACACCAUUGAUCAUACAAAAACAACUCCUGAAUCAACACCUGAAGUAAAGGCCUGGCUGCAGCGAAAAAAGAAAACAAAGGAUGAACCCAAGUGCUUCCAGCACACCAGAUCUCGAUCUAAAAAGCUUAAAACUCCAGAGGAUGAGAGAAUAUCUGCUAUGGUUGCUGGUGCAGAAAUCAUAGCGACAGAAGCAGCAGCUGAUGACUUCAAGGUCAAUGAAAAACCGGGAGAAAAAGUGAGACUAGUAAAUACAGGGGAGCCUUCUGAGGAAGAAGAAAACAAUAAUGGAAUGCAGCUGGAUCAACAUUUAUUGGAUAAUGUCAAGGUCUCAGGAAAUGUCUGUUCAGAGCCAUUAUCCAGCCCUGUUCAAGUAACAGAGAAAAAAAGUAUCGAAGAUGAGGACGAGACAGAUUUCAGUCAUCCUCCACUUAAAUUUGAAGAUUCUGUGCCCACCCCGCCCACUCCUCAUAGAUGCAGAAGAGAAGAGUGUUUGAUAUCUCAGGAUCAGUCUAUGUCAGCCAUACCAUACCAUAAGUCACAGGGACAUAUUUCUGAAGCAGAGAGCCCAGAGAAAGUGGAGAGCAUCUCUGCAGAGCACGAUGUCAGCGACUUAGAAAGCAGUGAAAGUAGUUUGGAAAAUGAAGAAACACCUGUUGUAAAAAAGGAUGAAGAUGGUGGCAUGGAAACAUCCAGUUCCGCGGAAAUUGAAAGAAAGAAAUCAUCUAAGAGUUGGCGUCAUCCGCUAAGUAAACCCCCAGCUAGAUCUCCAAUGACUUUGGUUAAACAGCAAGCAACUAGUGAUGAAGAACUACCUGAGACGACCUUAACUGAAGAGGAAGUACAGGAGACAGAGACAUGGGCCAGGCCUCUUGUAUACCUUUGGCAGAAGAGAGCACAAAAUUUCCAGGCUGAAAAAGAAUAUAAUGCAGCCUGUGCCAAAAAGAAACCACACUGUGCCAUUUGCACUCUUCUCAUGCCAUACUACAAGCCAGACAACCAUAAUGAAGACAAUUAUACUUUUGGGGAAACAAACUCUGAAAAAACAUUUAUGGCUGAAAAUGAAAAGACGAAACCACUUAUUCCGGAGAUGUGUUUUAUAUAUAGUGAAGAAAACACUGAAAACUAUCCAUCAAAUGCCUUUAUUGAAGAAGAUGGAACAAGCCUUCUAAUUUCCUGUGCAAAGUGUCGUGUACGGGUUCAUGCAAGUUGCUAUGGUGUCCCUUCUCAUGAAAUCCGUAGUGAAUGGUUGUGUUCUCGAUGCAGAAAAGGAGACUGGACAGCUGAAUGUUGUCUCUGCAAUUUGAGAGGUGGUGCAUUAAAGCAAACUACUGACAAGAAGUGGGCACAUGUAAUGUGUGCAAUUGCCAUCCCGGAAGUCAGAUUUGGUAAUGUGACAGAACGUACACCGAUAGACACAAGCAGAAUACCUUUGCAAAGAUUAAAAUUGAAAUGCAUUUUCUGCAGACAGAGAAUUAAGAAGAUUUCUGGUGCCUGCAUUCAGUGUUCAUACGGACGCUGCCCAGCUUCCUUCCAUGUUACCUGUGCCCAUGCUGCAGGAGUACUUAUGGAGCCUGAUGACUGGCCAUAUGUUGUCUACAUCACGUGUUUCAGGCACAAGAUCAACCAAAAUGUGAGAACUAAAGCAUGUGAGAAGGCCGUUACAGUUGGGCAGACAGUCAUCACAAAACACAGGAAUACGCGGUACUACAGUUGUAGAGUCAUAGGAGUCACUUCUCAAGUUUUCUAUGAAGUCAUGUUUGAUGAUGGCUCUUUCAGUCGGGAUACUUUUCCUGAAGACAUUGUAAGCAGAGAUUGCCUGAAGCUGGGUCCACCUGCAGAGGGAGAGGUUGUCCAAGUGAAGUGGCCUGAUGGAAAACUGUAUGGUGCAAAGUAUUUGGGAACAAACAUAGCUCACAUGUAUCAGGUUGAGUUUGAAGAUGGUUCUCAAAUAGCAAUGAAGAGAGAAGAGAUAUACACGCUAGAUGAAGAACUGCCUAAGAGAGUAAAAGCACGUUUUUCUACAGCCUCUGACAUGAGAUUUGAAGAUACAUUUUAUGGAGCAGAUAUAAUUCAGGGAGAAAAGAAGAGGCAGAGAGUAUUGAGUUCCCGUUUUAAGAAUGAAUAUGUGGAUGACCCGGGAUACCGCACAUUCUUGAAAAGCUCAUUCCAGAAAAAGUGCCAGAAGGGGCUAUAAAGGAUGCCAUGAAGUUGCACGCACACAUGCACAAGCACAGGCACAGACACGUGGUGCAGAGACCCAAACAGGUUACAGCUGGUUGAAAAGCAUAGAGCAUUAGCAGAUGCUGUGGUGGUUCGAAGAUGGCAUCUCUUCAGUCUAUUAAAUUGGUUUGGGUUUAAUUGGACACUUGGUUUUACAGCAAAUUAGUCCAUACAUCAACCUACUAAGUUCAAGUACUUCAGUUAUGAUUUCUUCAGUUAAUGUAUUACAAAUUUUGUGUCAGUUCUGCGUCAUGAUACGGGGGAAAAUGAAGUGAGGUUAAGAGGGGUUGCACAGUUAAAUACUGAAGAACUUUCAGUCCUGCUUCCACUGAAGUCAGUGGUAAGAUUCCCAUUGACUGGUAUGGGAGAAGAUUCAAGUUCUGGGUGAUCCAGCAACAAAGGUAAAAUGUAUUGCAUUGUCUUUCCCAAAGAAGAGGAGAAGUUUUAGUAGCCAGAGAUGAUUUCAGUGGCUAAUUUUUUUUCUGCAGACAGGAAAGGAUGUUAAGUUUAAUAAUAGCAGUUUUUAUAAAACAUUUUUAAGACAAACAAAAGUAUGUACAUUAUUAAGACCUGCAAAAGCUGUACUUAUUUACUUUGUACAGUGCUUUUACAUUUUUAUAUCACUACUGCUUUCAGUAGGGUUUGAUGUGGAAUCAACUGUUGACUUAAAUUUUUUUUGGCUUUUGAGAAAGAAAUCUUCAGCACAGUAAGGGGAUUUUGUAUAUUUAAAGAUGGAUAUUUUGGCAGUUAUUUUUAAACAUGUUUUACAUAAAGUCUAUUAAAAUAGCUAUUUGUAAAGUAAGAUUUUCUUUCAUUAUGUGUAUGUAAAAUUAGAGUUUAAAUAUAUAUGCUUAACAGGAUAGUUUUGAACUAAUAUAAUAUGAUCUUCCUUUUAAAAUAAGAGUUUGUCAAUGUAAUAAUGCUUAAAAAUAAAUAAAUAAAUAAUACCCUUUUACUUACUA